AUUUUUCUUUCACUUGCCCUCCACGCCACAUCGUGGCGCUGUUGCGUUCUGGCUUGGUUUCUCUCGAACACUUCUGUGCAUCACCAACAAGAAAAAAGAGGGAGACUGCGGUGAAUAUCAUUCGAGAUGGGAGACAGCGAUGACGAAUACGAUCGCAGGAGGAGGGACAAAUUCAGACGAGAGAGAAGUGACUAUGACCGCUCCAGAGAAAGAGAAGACCGUCGCAGAGAUGACUGGAAUGAGAGAGAGUGGGACAGGGGUAGGGAACGCCGUAGCCGUGGUGAAUACCGGGAUUAUGACAGAGGUCGGAGAGAGAGAUUUACCCCUCCUCGCCAUGAUUUAAGUCCCCAUCAGAAACGCAUGAGAAGAGACUGGGAUGAUCACGGUGGAGAUCCAUAUCGGGGGGGUUAUGAUUUGGGUUAUGGUGGAGGAGGGCCCAGUUAUGGCCCACCACAGCCCUGGGGCCAUCCUGACCUUCACAUCAUGCAACCACAUCAGGGUAUCCCCAUUCAGGCAAGGCUUGGUAACAUCCAUGAGAUGGACUUGGGUCCUCCUCCACCGAUAAUGAAGAGCUUUAAGGAGUUCCUGCUGUCCCUGGAUGACUCUGUAGAUGAAACUGAGGCGGUCAAGCGAUACAAUGAGUACAAGGUUGACUUUCGCCGACAGCAGAUGCAGGACUUCUUUCUGGCUCAUAAAGAUGAAGAGUGGUUUAGGUCCAAAUACCAUCCAGACGAGGCCAGCCGGCUGAAGGCGGAGGCCCGGAGUGCCGUACACAACCGUCUGAAUGUUUUCACCUUCCUGAUGGAGAACGGCUGGUUCGAUAAUGUUUCUCUGGACAUUGAACAAUCUCCGGCCAUCAUCAGAGUUUUGGAUGCUGCUGUGAUAAAAAUGGAAGGAGGGACGGAUCACGAUCUCCGUAUCCUGGACAUGCCGACUGAGGAGGAGGAGAACAAAGACAAGUCGGCGUCUGCUUCAGCGGGAGACCAACUCUCAAAGAGGGAAGAUGUUAAAGUCUUGAGCGGAGAAGGCAAACCUUCUGGAGAAAAAGACAAAUCUGAAAAGCAGGAGGAGAAUGAGUUUGUGGGCACAGACCGGGAGGCUUCAGGAGACGGGGAGGACUCGAAGAACGAGUCAGAGAAGGAAGCCGUUAAAGAGGAAAUGCCUUUACCAAAAAAGGCGAGAAGAAAGCGAAAGCGCAGCGGAGACAGUGAUGACGAAGCCAGCCCCUCCGAGAGCGACUCUGACUCAGACUCCAUCUCCAACUGCUCAGACAAAUCUGGGAAGAAAGAAGAGCUCCAAGACAAGGCUGUGGAGGAAGAUGAGGGCGAAGACGAGAAGCCAAAGGAGAACUCUGAGGAGGACAAGAAGGAGGAGAAGAAGCCCAAAGAUGACUCCCCCAGACCACGGCCGCUGCACAGGACCUGCUCUCUUUUCAUGCGCAGCAUUGCCCCCACCAUUUCAAAGGCGGAGAUUAUUGCAUUGUGCCGGCGAUACCCGGGGUUUCUGCGCGUUUGCUUGUCUGACCCUCAUCCAGAGCGCAGGUUUUUCAGGCGUUGCUGGGUAACCUUUGAUCGUAGCGUCAAUAUCAAAGAAGUCUGCUGGAACCUCCAGAACAUUCGCCUGAGAGACUGCGAGCUGGCUCCAGGGGUCAACAGGGACCUGGCUCGCAGGGUGCGCAACGUCAACGGAAUCACUCAGCACAAGCAGGUGCUCCGCAACGACAUCAAACUCGCGGCGAAACUCAUUCACUCUCUGGAUGAAAAAGGAGACCUGUGGAGCAGCAAAGCUCAGGAGGAGGGUCCGGGCUCUGAGUUACCAGCCUCCAACCCCAUCUUGAAGAAUAUCACUGAUUACCUGAUAGAGGAGGUGAGUGCUGAGGAGGAGGAGCUUCUGGGCUCUGGGAGUGGAAUGGACACUGAGGACGGCAACAAAGAAGGAAACCCCACUGAGAUGACGGUGGAGAGGGAUGACAAACUGGCCAAGGUUUUGGAUCGUUUGCUCUUGUACCUGCGCAUUGUGCAUUCAGUUGAUUACUACAACACCUGUGAAUACCCCAGUGAGGAUGAGAUGCCCAAUCGCUGUGGCAUGAUCCACGUGAGGGGGCCCAUUCCCCCCAAUCGCAUCACACAUGGAGAGGUGCAACAAUGGCUGAAGAUGAUGGAAGAGAAGUUGACCCCUUUGUUUAGUUUGAAAGAAAUCCUCUCUGAGGAAGAGGCGGGGAAGAUGGGCCGCAAGAAUCCAGAGGAGGAGGUGGAGAAGUUCAUUUCUGCCAACACUCAGGAGCUGGGCAAGGACAAGUGGCUCUGCCCGCUCAGUGGCAAGAAGUUCAAGGGUCCAGAGUUCGUCCGGAAGCACAUUUUGAACAAACAUGGAGACAAAAUAGAGGAAGUGAAGAAGGAAGUGGCUUUCUUCAAUAACUUCCUGAUGGAUGCGAAGAGACCGUCGCUGCCAGAGAUCAAACUUCCUCCUCUUCCGGGCUCAGGACAGGGUUUACUCUCUCCCACCAUGCCCUUUCCUCCUCAAGGUCCGAUGGGUUUUGGUCAGCCUCGCCCUCCACUUAUGGGCUAUGGGGGUGCACCUCCUUACCCCCCUAACCAGUAUGGAGGCGGGAGAGGCAAUUACGACAGCUUUCGUGGACAAGGUGGUUAUCCAGGCAAGCCUCGCAACCUCAGAAUGUCUCGCGGCGAUCCAAGGAAUGUCAUCGAGUAUCGAGACCUGGACGCCCCAGAUGAUAUGGACUUCUUCUAGAUAGACCACAUCUUUAUUGAUUUAGUGUCGUUUUGCCUGAUUGUUUUUUUGUGUUUUCAGAAAUAUUUGGUUUUGUAAUUAUUAUGGCUUUCCGACACGCCUCUGUACUGCUGCAAACUGAGUCCUCAAUAAAAUCCUGAUUAAACCUG